UCAGCCUCCCAAGUAGCUGGGACUAUACGCACCUGCCACAGCCCCCAGCUAUAAUUGUCACUUUUUAUUUCUCCUUGAUUUGUCCUGUCUGAGACUCUUGUGGCAGGAUCAGCCUGUGGACCAAGAGACCCAGCAUGACCCUUUGCAUCUGGGGACCAUGUCCUUUGUGUAGGAAAAACCUCCUGGGCAAUGGAAAGGCAAAGAGGGUGCUGGGCCUGGUGUCUGAAGGGUCUUGAGCCCAGCAAGUAUGUGUAGCUUCCCUGGCCUGGGAGGGCAGAGGGGCCCACUGCCACAGAGGUGCCCUGCAGCUGACCCCUGGGGGAAGGAUGGCUGUAGGACAACCCACAGCAGUACCCAGGACUCAGCACGCCUGCCCUGGCCUGGCAGAAGGCUCUGGGUUGCUCUGAGCACCACUCCUGCCCAGUGUGGUGCUCUGGAGAGGAACCCACCAGUGGACAGCUGCUCUCCACUUAAGCCUGAGUGGAGUGUGCCAGUUCCCUGCAUUGCAUCCAGGCCAGCCUAUCCUCCUGCCCUGUCUGUGUUGGUGUGUGCACAUGUGCACAUGCUUACACAGGCACAUGUGCACACGCAGGCUGGCUUUCUCCUUUCCCAAACCAAGCAAGGCCUGGCCUUGCCUUUAGUGCUGGUGCCAGAACUUUUCGUGGAUGAGCUGAGACUGGCCCAUCUGGGGCUUCCAUGUGCUGUCAUCUGGUGCGCGUGGAUAGGCUCAUUUGUUCAUUUUUACUGUAUAUUUAUAGUAAUAAAACCAUGCAGCAAUAUUCUGUCUGCUCCUUCCUCCGGGCACAAUACUGUGUGCCAGGCUGUUUCCUGAUCCAGAGGCGGGCACUGAGUCUCCCUGGCAGCUGCCACACUCUGCCUCAGUACAUGGCCUCUGCCUUGGUUUCCUCAUGUAUCAGAUGGCAGUGACAGUGCAGGUUCUAAACUUGGGUGGGAUUAAACGAGAUAGCUCAGGUUCCCAGUGGGUGAUCAAUGCUCAUGGGGUGCUGUUUUGACUGUUUUCAUUGUUUGUCAUCUUUGUUGAUCUCUGGUUAGAGUGAAGACAGACCUUUGGGACUUGGCUAAGUCUCCUGAACAGGUAGCAUAAGAGCUUUGGGCCCCCAGGUGCGAGGGCUGCCCCUCUAGUUGUCCCCAUCUCUAUUGCUGAUGCAUCCUACAGUUGUUCAGCAGGCACAUCCUGUGUGCCAGGGGAGGGGCCUCUGCAAGGGUGCUUACAUUCUCAGCAGUGAGACAAACAGGUAAUCAAAAUGUUUUCCAGGGUUGGUUACUGUCAAGAAGAAACUCAGUGGGUGAUGAGAUGAAGGCAUGUGGGGCACUUGAUUCAGCUGCCCUGAGGAUGAACAGGAGCUGGCCCUGGGACAGUGCAGACAUGGUGGCAGGAACGAGCCUGCAGUGGGAAGCGCACUGGCUGGGGUAUCAUCAGGGACAGAUGCUGAAGACCUUGUUGAAGUAGCUAGAGUUUUUUUUAAGGGGUAGUCAGUUGUCUGUCUUCUAAAGAGGCUCUUGAGCAGAGGAGUGAUACCCUGCAGCUGUUGUGCAGAGACUGGGCUGGAGGACCCCAUUUAGCUGCCCAGAGAUGGUACAUUUGGAGCCUAGAGCCCAGCCCAGGGCACUCUGGUUAGAUAACCUAUGCUCCCCUGUCCAGGGGGUUGCCUCCUAGCAGGGCCUGGCCAGUGCCCCAGGGCACCCACCAUGCAGGGUCCCCAGCUCCUUUGCAAGCACAAGUCAGGCUGCCUUCAUGGCCCCUUUUUGACUCAAGCCUACAGGGGUAAAGGGGGCAACAGCUGUUCCUGGCAUCCACAGCCCUGUAGCCCCCUGAGACUGACUUUAUUCUGGCCUGGUCCCAGCAUGGGUAGAGGUGCUUAAGGUGUUAGACAGGUGCUUGCAUGGGCUAACCUGGCUCCCCCUCCACACUUCCCACAGACCCAGCCUUGUUACUGAGGUCUGGUGGGGGGGCAGGGUUGCAUCCGGGGAGUGUGUCCUCCUGUGGCCCUUAAUGUCCCACAGUCCCUGGGCUCACGUUGUGCUUGGCUGCCUGGAGGUGGAGCCCUCCCCAAAUCUGACAUCACCAGCCCUAACAUGAGUGUCCAGUGGCUCCUGCCAGCCCUGGUUCACCUCACCCCUAUUCUGCACAACUUCACUUCAGGCAGCUUUCCCUGUGCCACAGCACUGGCCUGACUGCACAGCUCUCUGAAUGCUUAGGCUCCAGCCCUGGGCACCUAUGCAGCAGUGCAGACAGGGGUCCUUCACUCAGCAAACCUUAUGUCCACUGUGGAGAAGAAAGUGGCCCUUGGGCCUGGCUGCUGGUAAGGUGAGCCUUGCCAUCAUGGGGUUCAGGGGACCCCACUGCUCUCCCUUGGGCAGUGUUUCCAGUGCUGUUGAGCCCAAGGACUGCCUUCUCCAGCACAAACACGGGGUAAGUACUUGAGGCCCUCCCUGUGGGAUCUGGUGGCUUUCUGUUGUAGACAGUGGGUAGGAGGGGUCCUCCCACCCAGUACCAACUGCUGGGCGUACUUUCACAAGUCCUGUCCGUCUCUGAGACCCAGGCUUCUCAUCAGUAAGUUGGGGAAACCUGCACUUCCCCAAUGGUUCCCAGCAUGUGAUGCCUGGCCUGGAGGACGCUGGAGAGCCUGGUCCCCGAUUUAAGUAACUUGCCCCAGGAGGCUGGGUCCAGCGCCCCAUUUAGCCCUUGGCCAUCCAGCAUAGUGUCAGGGCCGGGCAUGGACUUGAACUGCGGGCAGCCGGGCACACCUGAGGCGCAAGAGUGGCCCGGAACACACAACUAUUGUGCAUGGUGGUGGAAGGUUGCCACCCUCCAGGCUCAAGUCCGAGAGGCCUGGCAGAGGAAGCCUGAGAAACUUCGCUAGCUUGUGUAGCUGGGAUGCCCGGCUGUACUCUAAAGACCGGGACGUGUUCAGGCGGGUGAGCCCCGAGUUCGGCUGGCAUUCACCGCUCCAGGACGCCGGCUAAUCGGCGUGUUGGAUCUUGGGAGUUGUAGUCUUUGUAGGUCAGGGGCGGAGCCGCUGCUUGGGAUCCGUGGCUAUUGGGUGGCGCCUGGCGCACACGGCUCUUGCUUUUGCACACUGCCCCCUUCGCUUCUCAACGACGCAUCGUAGCGCGGCGAUGGGCUCUGCGACGACCUGCGUCAGGGAUUGGAGGGGAGGUGGGGCCCAGGGACACGGCUGCCCGCGGGUUGGUGGGGCGUGAAGGAGGCGGGUCCGCGCAUGCGUUGAAGGGUGGGGGCCGGCCGGGCCUCAGGGGCCAGUGCCAAGAUGUCGACGGCGUCGGUACCGGAGCUGAAGCAGAUCAGCCGAGUGGAGGCGAUGCGCCUGGGCCCGGGCUGGAGCCACUCGUGCCACGCUAUGCUGUACGCCGCCAACCCCGGGCAGCUCUUUGGCCGCAUCCCUAUGCGCUUCUCGGUGCUGAUGCAGAUGCGCUUCGAUGGGCUGCUGGGCUUCCCUGGGGGCUUCGUGGACAGGCGUUUCUGGUCGCUGGAGGAUGGACUGAACCGGGUGCUGGGCCUGGGCCUGGGUUGCCUGCGCCUCACUGAGGCUGACUAUCUGAGCUCGCACCUUACCGAGGGCCCGCACCGCGUCGUGGCGCACCUGUACGCGCGGCAGCUGACGCUGGAGCAGCUGCACGCCGUGGAGAUCAGCGCGGUGCAUUCGCGCGACCACGGCCUGGAGGUGGGGCCACCGCCCGGGUCCCGCCCCCCGCCCCGGGGUUUGGCUCUGGCCCCGUGGAAGGCACCGAUGGGUGCUGGGCCUUGUAAGGGUCCCACUGUACACCCAGAAGGACCGAGUUGGAGGUUUCCCCAACUUCCUGAGCAAUGCCUUCAUCAGCACCGCCAAGUACCAGCUCCUCUUCGCCCUCAAGGUGCUCAACAUGAUGCCCGAGGAGAAGCUGGCUGAGGCUUUGGCUGCAGCCACAGAGAAGCAGAAGAAGGCCCUAGAGAAGCUGCUCCCGGCUUCCUCCUGAGGAGGUUCCUGUGCCAGCUGUCACUCCCCCCCACCCCUAGCUGUAUCUAUGCCCACAGCCUGAGAAGACUUAGCCCUGGGAUUCCUGUGAAAGUGUGUCUUCUAGAGUGUUUCUGUGUUUGCUCUUCUGACUGCACAGGGCAGGCAGGCAUCUCAUCAUCUCCACUGUCCCAAGCAGUCAUCAGGCAGUGGCUGGGCCAGCUGGGACCCAGCCCAUCCUCUCAGGUUGGUCAGUGGGGGGUUUGGGCGCACUGGGCCUGGCUCUUCAGGCUCAGGAUGUUCGUACCACCCAAAGGCUCAAACUCCUCAGUGUGCUUCUCAUCAGGUAGUACCCAGUCGUCUAAGGGGGCAGGUGUACAGCUCCAGGUCGCUCAGAAGAGUUUGCUUUGGUGAGGGAUACCUUUGUCUAGGUCUGCUUGUUGCUGCAUUCUUCUGGAGCUAUGGCCCCUAAGUCUGGAGGAGCCAGCUUGGGGUAGGAUCUUACACUGUUAUUUUUGGUUGUUGUUGGAUUUGCUUUGUUAGAUUUCUCUCAUUCACCAAUGUGUGAACUAUAGGUGAAGCUUCAGAGUGGCUUUACCCCACUGUGGCUUAGUUCCUAGGAGGGUUGGGGUCUCAGGGACCCAGCUGUGUAUGGAGUUGUUGAAGGAGAAAAAGACAAUAAAUAAAGUCGCUCCUCAGCUG